AUGUUCGGGUUGGCCGUGGGCACGGGAUGGGGUAGGAUACGUGCCAUUAAGAAAAUGAAUAGAACAAUUGAACCCACACACGAGGGGGCUGGGGAAUCUGCACAAGAACUGGCUGGUGAAGCCCAGCACUACACUGCAGUGGGCUCCCAGGCCCUGAGCUCCACGCAGGCCCAGCAGCAGAGAUGCUCAGGGGUCCUCUCGCUUGUCACGGGGACUCCGGAGUUGACCAAGGAAAAUUUUGAAGAUGACCAGGUGCUGGAGGCUUCAGGGAAGAAAACAGGACAUGUUUUUCUACACAUUAAUUGUUUGUUUUUUUUCUUGGUUAUAGAUUGGGCUUAUGGAUACUAUAGACAACAGAGAAAACUUGUUGAAGAGAUUGGCUGGUCCUAUACAGGAGCACUGAAUCAAAAAAAUUGGGGAAAGAAAUAUCCAACAUGUAAUAGCCCCAAACAAUCUCCUAUCAAUAUUGAUGAAGAUAUUGCACAAGUAAAUGUGAAUCUUAAGAAACUUAAAUUUCAGGGUUGGGAUAAAACAUCUUUGGAAAACACAUUCAUUCAUAACAAUGGGAAAACAGUGGAAAUUAAUCUCACUAAUGACUACCAGCUCAGUGGAGGAGUUUCAGAAACGGUGUUCAAAGCAAGCAAGAUAGCUUUUCACUGGGGAAAAUGCAACAUGUCAUCCGAUGGAUCCGAACAUAGUUUAGAAGGACAAAAAUUUCCACUCGAGAUGCAAAUCUACUGCUUUGAUGUGGACCAAUUCUCAAGUUUUGAAGAAGCAGUUAAAGGAAAAGGGAAGAUAAGAGCAUUAUCCAUUUUAUUUGAGAUUGGAAUAGAAGAAAAUUUGGAUUACAAAGCAAUUAUUGAUGGAGUUGAGAAAGUUGGUCGUUUUGGGAAACAGGCGGCGUUAGAUCCUUUCGUAUUGCUGAACCUCCUGCCAAACUCAACCGACAAGUAUUACACCUACAAUGGCUCAUUGACCUCGCCUCCCUGCACGGACACCGUUGACUGGAUUGUUUUUAAAAAUACAGUUAGCAUCUCUGAAAACCAGUUGGCUGUUUUCUGUGAAGUUCUCACCAUGCAGCAGUCUGGUUAUGUCAUGCUGAUGGACUACUUACAAAAUAAUUUUCGAGAACAACAGUACAAGUUUUCCAGGCAGGUGUUUACCUCUUAUACUGGAAAGGAAGAGAUUCGUGAAGCAGUUUGUAGCUCAGAACCAGAAAAUGUUCAAGCCGACCCAAAGAAUUACACCAGCCUUCUUGUUACAUGGGAGAGACCGCGAGUCGUGUAUGAUAACAUGAUCGAGAAGUUUGCAGUUCUUUACCAGCAGUUAGAGGGAGAAGACCAAACCAAACAUGAAUUUUUGACAGAUGGCUAUCAAGAUCUGGGUGCUAUUCUCAGUAACUUACUACCCAAUAUGAGUUAUGUUCUUCAAAUAGUAGCCAUAUGCACUAAUGGCUUAUAUGGAAAAUAUAGUGACCAGCUGAUUGUCGACAUGCCUUCCAAUGACCUUGAACUUGACCUCUUUCCUGAAUUAAUUGGAACUGAAGAAAUAAUCAAGGAGGAAGAAGAGGAAGAAGACACGCCUGUGAAUCCUGGUAGAGACAGUGCCACAAACCAAAUAAGGAGAAAGGAACCCCAGAGUUCUACCACAACAAACUACCAUCGCAUAGGGACUAAAUUCAACGAGGCCAAGACUAACCGAGGAGGGGACUUCUCUGGAAAGGGUGAUAUUCCCAACACGUCUCUAGAUCCCACUUCCCGACCAGUCACUGCAUUAGCCCCAGAAAAAGAUGUCUCUUUGACAUCACGGGCUGUGACCAAACCUCCACUUCUCACUCUGGAAGGCACUUCAGCCUCUAAAACUGUCCUCAGAUUUCCACAGGGGAACGUGUCUGGGACUGUGGAAUCUCUAAGCACAGCUUCUGUAAUGGAAUCUCAAGAGGUAUCUACUGAUCUCAGUGACGAAGAGAAUUUACUCACCAGUGUCAAGCUCGACCCGGGAGCCGAUGAUUCUUCAGGCUCCAGUCCCACCACUGCUGCUGGGCCGUUCACCUCCGAGAACAUAGCCCACGGGUACGAAUUUUCUUCAGAAAACCCAGAGGCCAUCACCUAUGAUGUCCUUAUCCCAGCACCGACGAGAAAUGUUUCCGAAGAGUCAGCAUCGUCGGGUUCAGAAGAAUCCCUCAAAGACCCUUCCGGGGAGGGAAGUGUGUGGUUUCCUGGCCCCACGGACGGGAGGACACAGCCCGAUGUUGGAUCAGGUGGCGAGGGCCUCCUCCCGACUCAUCCCACCGAGAGACAUGUGGACGCAUCUGAGAAGACAGCCGAGUCCUCUUCUCCAGGCCCGUGGGUGCCCCAGGGCCCCUCGGUCACAGAUAUGGAAAUGCCACCUUCUUCUUCCUUUGCCUUCUUCCCCACCGAGGUAACACCUCGCGCUUUCACUCCGUCCUCUGGGAAACGGGAUUCGGUGCCCACUGUCAACGUGGUCUAUUCGCAGACCACGCAGCCCGUGUACAAUGGUGAGACACCUCUUCAGCCUCCCUCCAGUAGUGGCGCCUUUCCUCUAGUCACCCCUGUGUUGCUUGGCCAUCCGGUCCUCGACACUCCCCCUGCCGCUUCGAGUAGUGAUCCGGCCUUGCAUGCGACGCCUGUGUCUCCCAGUGUCCCUGUGUCAUUCGACUCCAUCCUGUCUUCCUCUGAUGGUGCACCUCUGCUUCCAUUUUCCUCUGCUUCCUUCAGUAGUGAAUGGUUUCGCCAUCUGUACACGGCUUCUCAGAUCCUCCCACCAGUGACCUCCGCUGGGGAGCGUGCCCAGGGGUCCCUGCAUGCUUCUCUGCCAGUGGCCGGGGGCCAUGUCCUGUUAGCGCCCAGCCUGGCCCAGUCCUCUCCUGUGAUGGCACAUCAGGCCACGCCUCAUGCUGCUUCAGAGACGUUGGAAUUCGGUGGUAGUGACGCUGGCGUCCUUCAUAAAGCGCGCCUGUCUCCUCCAGCUGAGCCAGCCGGCAGUGAUGUCACCAUGCAUGCACGUUCUUCGGGGCCCGAGCCUUCCUCUGCCUUGUCUCAUGCCGAGGCCUCCCAACACCUCUUCACUGUUUCUUAUGGUUCUGCAGUCCCUGUGCAUGAUUCUGUCGGUGUGUCUUCUCGGGGUUCCUUCCUUAGCGGUCCUAGCCACACACCCAUGCCGCGGCCUUCGUUAAUAUCCCCCACCGCACCGUGGCUGCAGCCCACUCACGGCCUCUCUGGUGAUGGGGAGUGGUCUGGAGCCUCCUCUGAUAGUGAGUGGCUUUCCCCUGACCCAGAUGGUCUGACAGCCCUUAACAUUUCUCCGCCUGUUUCUGUCGCUGAAUUUACAUAUACGAUAUCUGUGCUUGGUGAUGAUGAUGAUAAGCCGCUCUCUCAAAGGGAUGUAGGAGAUGGAAAUCAGACUGAACUGCACAUGUCUCCUUUCACUGAGAUGGGUUCCCGUCCUGAAGGCACAGUCACGCCCGGCCUGUACAGUAAUGUAAAUAAGUUGAAUGCAUCUUUACAGGAGUCCCCUGUUUCCAUUUCUAACACAAAGGGCAUACCUCCAGGCUCUCUUGCUUAUACUACCACUAAGGUUUUUGAUCAUGAGAUUAGUCAACCUCCAGAAAAUAACUUCUCAGUUCAACCUACACUUGCCGUAUCUCAAGCAGCCGGCGAUCCUUCUCUUACACCUGUGCUUAGCGCAGACUCAGAGCCAGCGCCCUCUGACCCCGCUUCUAGUGAAACAUUAUCUCCUUCGACUCAACUCUUAUUUUAUGAGGCCUCCGCUUCUUUUAACCCUGAAGUAUCGCUGCAACCUUCCUUUCAGGCUUCUGAUGUUGACACGUUGCUUAAAACUGCUCUUUCGGCUGUGCCUAGCGGUCCAAUAUCGGCUGCCUCCCCCAGGGUUGAGCACAUUAGUCCUACAAUAUUGCAUCCCAUGGCAUCCAGUUCUGCUUCAAGUGAAAGCAUGCUACACUCCACAUCUGUGCCAGUUUUUGGUGUAUCACCUGCUUCUAAUAUGCCUGCUGCCUCACUUCAAAGUGUAACCAUUUCUUAUGCAAAUAAGAAAGAUGUUGAACCAGUCUUGCUUAAAAGCGAAAGUUCCCAGCAAGUGGUACCUUCAUUGUUCAGUAAUGAUAAGUUCUUCCAAACUGCCCGUUUGGAGCUUAACCAUGCCUUUCCCCCGAAAGGAAGGCAGGCAUUUGCUACUCCUGUUUUAUCGAUGGAUGUACCUCCCAAUACACUUUUAAAUGAGUUUGUAUAUCCUGGUGAAGCCUUCACCUCCACCAAGGGUUCCAUUACUGAGGAGGUAUUGGCUGGUAUUCCAGCAGUUGUUUCUGAUACACUUUUAACUGCUGGUCAUUCUGUCCCUCUCGGGAAUGCGUAUGUUUCUAUUCCAGCCGCUUUUCCCAACAAAGAUGGUUCUGUUGCCACAACCAAGUUGCUGUUUCCUUCUAAAACAAUUUCUGAGCUGACUCACAGUGCCAGAUCUGAUGCUGAGUUAGUGGGUGGUGGUGGUGAUGAUGAUGAUGACGACGACAGAGAUAGAGAUGGCUUAGCUGUAAAUAAGUGUAUGUCCUGCUCCGUCUAUAGAGAAUCCCAGGAAAAGGUGAUGAUUGGUUCAGACCCCAAGGAAAACAGUCUUGUGGAUCAGAAUAACCCAAUAUCAUACUCCCUGUCUGAGAAGUCUGGAGAAGAAAGUAAAGUCACAGUUGUGACCUCAGAAAGUCAGACUUAUAUGGACAGAAGUCCUAAUAAAUCACCAUCAACACAUGUGCUCUCCCAAAAGCACAGUGAUGGGAAACAGGACAGUGACCUUCAGACUGCCGAGGCCCGGCUUCCUUUCCCCCCGGCAUCUGCAGCAUGGGCAGUUCUCACAGGGGACGAAGAGAGCGGAUCAGGGCAAAGUGUCUCAGGUAGUCUUACUGAGAACGAGACCGCCACAGCGUUCAGUUUUCCAGAUGUUAAUGAAAGCGCUGUGGCCGGGGUCCUGGAAGCAGGUGACUCAGGAAUAACUCCUGGAUCCCCACAGUCCUCAGCACCGACUGUUGCUAGCAGGCACUCAGAAGUGGUCAGCAUUUCAGAGGCAGAGGCCAGUAAUAGUAGCCAUGAGUCUCGUAUUGGUCUAGCUGAGGGGUUGGAAUCCGAAAAGAAGGCAGUUAUACCCCUUGUGAUCGUGUCAGCCCUGACUUUUAUCUGUCUAGUGGUUCUUGUGGGUAUUCUCAUCUACUGGAGGAAAUGUUUCCAGACUGCACACUUUUACUUGGAGGACAGUACUUCCCCCAGAGUAAUAUCCACACCUCCAACACCUGUCUUUCCAGUUUCAGAUGAUGUUGGAGCAAUUCCAAUAAAGCACUUUCCAAAGCAUGUUGCAGACUUACAUGCAAGUAGUGGGUUUACUGAAGAAUUCGAGACACUGAAAGAGUUUUACCAGGAAGUGCAGAGCUGUACUGUUGACUUAGGUAUCACAGCAGACAGCUCCAAUCACCCAGACAACAAGCACAAGAACCGCUACGUAAAUAUCGUUGCCUAUGACCAUAGUAGGGUUAAGCUGGCACAACUUGCUGAAAAAGAUGGCAAACUGACUGAUUACAUCAAUGCCAAUUAUGUUGAUGGUUACACCAGACCAAAAGCUUACAUUGCUGCCCAAGGCCCCCUGAAAUCCACAGCCGAAGAUUUCUGGAGAAUGAUAUGGGAGCAUAAUGUGGAAGUCAUCGUCAUGAUCACAAACCUCGUGGAGAAGGGAAGGAGAAAAUGUGACCAGUACUGGCCUGCGGAUGGUAGUGAAGAGUAUGGGAACUUUCUGGUCACUCAGAAGAGUGUUCAAAUGCUUGCCUAUUAUACUGUGAGAAAUUUUACCCUGAGAAACACAAAGAUAAAAAAGGGCUCCCAGAAAGGAAGGCCCAGUGGGCGCGUGGUCACGCAGUACCACUACACGCAGUGGCCCGACAUGGGAGUGCCAGAGUACUCACUGCCCGUGCUGACCUUCGUGAGAAAGGCAUCCCAGGCCAAACGCUACGCGGUGGGGCCUGUGGUUGUCCACUGCAGUGCUGGAGUUGGGAGAACAGGCACAUAUAUUGUGCUGGACAGUAUGUUGCAGCAAAUUCAACAUGAAAGCACAGUCAACAUAUUCGGCUUCUUAAAACACAUCCGUUCACAAAGAAACUAUUUGGUGCAAACUGAGGAACAGUACAUCUUCAUUCACGACGCGCUGGUGGAGGCCAUACUGAGCAAAGAGACUGAGGUGCCAGAGAGUCAUCUUCACGCCUAUGUCAACGCGCUCCUCAUUCCCGGGCCGACGGGCAAAACAAAGCUGGAGAAACAAUUCAAGCUCCUGAGUCAAUCAAAUAUACAGCAGAGUGACUAUUCUACAGCCCUAAAGCAAUGCAACAGGGAAAAGAACAGAACUUCUUCCAUUAUUCCUGUGGAAAGAUCACGGGUUGGCAUUUCGUCCCUGAGCGGGGAAGGCACAGACUACAUCAACGCCUCCUAUAUCAUGGGUUAUUACCAGAGCAACGAAUUUAUCAUCACGCAGCAUCCCCUUCUCCACACCAUCAAAGAUUUCUGGAGGAUGAUAUGGGACCAUAACGCCCAGCUGGUGGUUAUGCUUCCUGAUGGUCAAAACAUGGCAGAAGAUGAAUUUGUUUAUUGGCCAAAUAAAGAUGAGCCUAUAAAUUGUGAAAGCUUUAAGGUUACUCUUAUGGCUGAAGAACACAAGUGUCUGUCUAAUGAAGAAAAACUUUUAAUUCAAGAUUUUAUCUUAGAAGCUACACAGGAUGAUUAUGUACUGGAAGUGAGGCAUUUUCAGUGUCCCAAGUGGCCAAAUCCAGAUAGCCCCAUUAGUAAAACUUUUGAACUUCUAAGUCUUAUCAAAGAAGAAGCCGCCAGCAGGGAUGGGCCCAUGAUUGUCCACGAUGAGCACGGAGGAGUGACAGCAGGAACUUUCUGUGCUCUGGCAACCCUUAUGCACCAACUAGAAAAAGAAAAUUCCGUGGAUGUCUACCAGGUAGCCAAGAUGAUUAAUCUGAUGAGGCCAGGAGUCUUUGCGGACAUCGAGCAGUAUCAGUUUCUCUACAAAGCAGUCCUCAGCCUUGUGAGCACGAGGCAGGAAGAGAAUCCAUCCACCUCUUUGGACAGUAAUGGCGCAGCCUUGCCCGAUGGAAAUAUAGCCGAGAGCUUAGAGUCUUUAGUUUAGCACAGAGAGGGGUGACGAAACUCCCUAUCUCAAAGUAGACUGGAAAAUCCAUUUUUCUGUUCCCUGUUUUCUUUCCCAUCACCUGACAGUAACUUUCAUGACAUAGGAUUCUGCUGCCAAAUUUAUAUUAUUAACAAUGUGUGCCUUUUUGCAGAACUUCUUGUAAUUCACUUAUUGUGCUUAAACUAAAAUGAUUGAAUUUUACAGUAUUUCUAAGAAUGGAAUUAGGGUGUUUUUUGUAUUGAUUUUAACAGAAAUUUUCAAUUUAUAGAUAUUAGGAAUUCCAAACUACAGAAAACAUGUUGGUUUAGUGUCAAAUUUUUAGCUGUAUUUGUAGCAAGCAACAGGUUUGCUGGAAAUAUAACUUUUAAUACAGUAGACUGUAAAUAAAAUGCUCUGCUCCUUAUGAUAUUCAACAUUUUACAACUGCAGUAUUCACCUAAAGUACAAAAUAAUCUUCUACUUACUGUAAAUACUGCUCUAGUGUCUCCAUGGACCAAAUUUAUAUUUAUAAUCGUAGAUUUUUAUAUUUUAAUACUGAGUCGGUUUUCUAGUUCUGUGUCAUUGCUUAGUUUAAUGAUAUAGUUUCCUGUCUGGUCUUGCUUUAUGAGUCUCCUGAUACUGUUCCAUGUUAUGUCAGUGGUUAACUCUGUUUUAGCAUGUAAUUUUAACUUUUAUGGAAAAUAGAAAUACAUUUGUUUUGAAAGAAUAUGUUUUUAUGAAAAUAACACCUUACCCAACAUUGUUCAAAUGGUUUAUUGAAGGGAUUGCAAAAAUAAAUAUAAGUAUUGCCAUCAA